UCAUCUUUAUACAAUGGUGAUACAAAAUUCUUCAUACAAAAAUCUGAUUAGAAAGACUUAAGAGUAAAAAUUUCCUCUCCUCUUUAUGAAAUCUGUCAUAAAGAAUAAUUCUUAGGUGUAACCAGGCUGUAUGGAGAAUUAGAGCAGCAUGCAUGCAAUGUUUAUCCUUAGUUAUGUUAUCAUUAGUGUUGUCAUUAUAAUAAAAGAAACCAGAAAAAAUAAGAAAUACAGGUCUAAUAUCUUAAAUUUUCAUUCUGUAUUUUACAUUUUCACUAACUUCUCUGUGAUGAACACCCUAUUUACUAAUUUACUAUUUCCUAUUUAUUUUUCAAAGCUUUUUUAGACAGCUCCCUCCCCAUGUAAAUGUGUGUAGGGUGAAGGGUUAGAGGUACAUGAUUUAAGCAUUUAGAAUGGACAUAAGCUUGCAAAUCUGUGAGCAGUUUUUCAGACUGCAGCUUUAAAUAACUAUCUCCUAAACUACAAAAUUGGGAUGAUGCUGUCUGACAAUUUAUGAAAACCCAUUAAAAAUUUUAAAAUUACCAUGUUUGUUUUGUUUUGUUGACAAGCACACCAACCUAAGUUGCUUUCAGCUGCUUGCUCUGAUUCCUGUGCUGCCUCCCAAGUUGUGCCAGUCUGACUGCUUGCGUCAUUGGGGGAAGAAUAAAGUCUAAGAUUGAUUUCAGAUUAAAAUAACCCUUUUUUCCCCUGGUGCUGCUGAAAAAGCAUUUGUCAAACUCCAGCCUAAAGGAUUUCUAUUGGCAUGGUAAGUGAGGCAAGUCUUAGUGUGUCUGUGCAGUCCAGCAAGCAAAGAGGAAGGUGCUGGUAAGCAUUGCCAUGGGAGGACAAGUUCUUUGUGAACUUGUGUGACAACACUUUGUGCUGGAAAUGUGGAUUUGUGAGCAAUGGGGCUGCUGCAGGCAUGUUCUCCCUGUGGUCUCUUCCUGAGAGGGAACUCGUGUGUGUUCCUUAGAAACAAACCUGCUGAUGUGCAAUGAAAUAGCUGUCACUGUCAUCCUCCCCACAGAGACAGCGGCCUGGCAGCCCCCAAACCCCAACCAGCCAUUCCUGAGGGAAGGUUCACCAUCACACUCGUGAGCAUUUAAUAAGCACCCAGAAACCAAGUUUUGGGAACAGAGCCUUCAGAAUAUUGUAGCCUUGCCAGUUCAUUUGAAAGUAAAAUAUGUGUAUUUGACAGAGAAUUAAGUUGAGAUCUGUUGUUUCUCCUGGUCUAAAGGGGCCCACAGACUUGUCAGAGAAGAUGAGAAUAAAAACAGCAUUACUGAACCUGUUCAUUUAAAUGUCUGCAGUGAUUUAACAGCACUGAUGUAAACUGAAGCUCUACCAUGAAAGACCAAGGAGAUUAUUUACCAAACCCCUGCUGUGAGGAUGGCAUAAAUAUCUUAACUGUUUUCUUGUAUUAAACCACAAUGAGGCAAGACCCUUAGAAAAGCCACCCUGCUGGCUUGUAAGUUCCAGAUAGUACAUAAUAGAGUUAACUCUUCAUUUUUGUGUGCUGUGCCAAAUCCUAAAUAGCAAUGCAAAAAUAUUUGCUAUUUUAAAAGCAACCAUGUGUUCCUAAUCCUUUUUUAACAUCAUCUCUCUUUUGCAAUCGUUUUGUGUUAUGUAUCUACUCUAUAAAAUAGGUGUUGGUUUAUGGAUUGCCAACAAAUCUUGUGUUCUUAACAUCACUGCUUAUGUAUUCUCACAGCAAUUUCUUCUUGGUGCUCAUACAUAAAGAGCAAGUCACUGAAACCAUUAAACUGUUGCCCACUGUCUAAAUCAUCUAUUUGCUAAUGAAAACAAAUUGUAAAAUAGUUUCUUAACUUUGCAGUAGGACAUAUUACAGGAUGAAAUAAAAAUUAUUUUUGCCUAGUGUUGGUGACCACUAGGUCACCCAUAUAAAGAUACCGUAGAGAUACUGAAAGACUCCAAUACUGAUGCCUGAUUUAUAUUUGACAAGUAUAAAAAAAGUCACACGCCUGCAAUGCGGGAUGCAGCAAGUAUGCUCAGGCUGCAAACUAACGGAGACAAAAAAAUGAACCAAAGAUACCAUUUUCAGGACUGACAUUUUCCAUCAGCCUCUGGAAAUGGAUUCAUGUAAGAAACGUUUUUCUAUGCAAGACCAAAAGAUGCAACACAGUCUGAUAAAUGAACAAUUGUACUUAAUAACAAAAUGGCUUAGCUGACAGCUGUUUCAACCAGACAAUUUAGUCAGAGGCCAGAUGGCCAAAGAGACACAUGGUGGAAAGUAAUUUCGUAGGAUGACUCCAGAGAAGGAAAAACUCAUAAUUUGGAUGUUUGAAAUGUCAAAGACUCAAUUAAUGGAAUUAGUAUGUAAUUCCUAGUGCAGUCUGCCUGUUGAAAGCUGUGCCCAAGCUUGUUCUCAGAGCUGCACUGCAAGGUGAAGCACUGGACUCCUGGCUGAGAGCUCUGACUCACACGUGGCUCAUUGCCUCUCCAUCUCCCUUCCUGACAACUGGUCUUGUCUAAGAUAUCAGCAUAUGCCACUUACUUCUCCUCAUCAAGUAAUUUUUUGCCUCUCCUCUGGCCCUGUGGAGAAAAAGGAAGAAGUAAGACCUAAAACAUAGGUAGGUGGGGAAUUCUGAGAGAUGUAGGAGAGGUGAGGUUUACUGCUGCCUUACUGAAAUUGCAUCUAAACUUAGACAUUUGAACAACAUCAGAUUUUAUAUCUGGCAGAAAAAGAAGUUUCCAAAGGUAGAAGUGUUUUUCAAAAAAUAGAUUAUAAUAUAGUAUUUUCUUUUUUCAUCUCUAUUUUUUUUUCUAUCACAAGCUAGAUGACUGCAUUAUUAGUUACCACCACUACAAGCUAAAAUGUCUCUGGAAUACUCUGCCUCCAUCUUCUGACUGCUCAGGGAAAUGCAGUGACUAGUUGGUAUUCAGACUCCUUAACUCACAGAAUCAUAGAAUGGCUUGAGCCAGAAGAGAUCUUAAAGGCCUUUUAAUUUCACAAAAUGUUUUAUAUUUUCAACCAAGGCUUUGAAUAUUUGGGUGAAACUUCAUUGAAUUCAGUCAUUGUCUUUGCUAGCUAAUACUGACAAAUGUUGCUUUCUAUUGACAAAUCAUUUUUCUUACAGAUUUCUGAAAUAGAAUUCAGGACUUUUUAAUAUCUUUAACACAACACUUGAAUUCCUACCUGAUUAAUGCAGAAGGUUUUGAUGACAGAGUGUCACUUUAUACAGCAAAGGUUUGGUAUUGGUUUUCCACAUACUUUUUUCUCACUUAACUGUCUGUGACUACUUAAUUUUUCUAGGUUUGACACUUGCAUUACCAGUUAGUAAAUUUGCCUUCUUUCUUACUCUUUUGACAUAAAGCUCUUCAUAAAUAAGCUUUGACAAAAACUAAUUUUUUUUUAUUUUAGAGAGCAACAUUAAUGCAUCCCACUUACUCCUUGUAUUUGGAUUUCAGACCCAGUGCUGCAACCAGAUGUUGAGUGCUCUGCACUCACUAUAAAUGACAACUGAUUUUUGUUAAUGCAGUAAGAUGGGAAAAUUAAUUUAUGCAGUUCAAUAUCAUAUUGUAUGAUGCCUGUGUAUCCACACAGCUAGAGCAGAAAGCAAAUUACUCAUUUAUUUGAUUGCUGAUAGAUAAAGCAAAUAAAAUAAAGAAAUAAAUCUUUUUUCAAUUUCUCAACUUCAAAUGAAAAAAUAUUCAAGGCAAGGCCAUGCACAGAGCAACCUUUCCAUCCGUAUUUGUCUCAUCUGUCAUGUUCACAUCUAACCCCUUAAUUUCCCAGAACUGGAACAGGUUUAAGGUGGCCCUCUCUGGGUCUAAAGUUCAACUCUCAGUCUUGCAAGGAUGUGUGUGUAUGUAGAGAAGUCAGUGGAGAUCUGCAGGUGACGAAAAUCUACUGAUAUGCUGCAUUCAUUUGACUGUUUUUCCAAGUUUUCUGAGCCAAUGUUUCACAGAGCAGUAGACCAUAGAAGAAAGACCAAAUCAUGUCAAAUGUGAGGAUGAAGAUGCCUUAGGGGGGUAGACUGCUCUCACUGUGGUACUGUACCACACCUUGCAUCACCAACGCAAUCACAAAAUGUGGCAAAAUAGAGGGAUGCCAGAGCCAGCUACAAAUUGCUCCUCAGUAUUAAUUGUCCAAUUCCAUGUGUCCCUACCAGGUCUUCUGGAGGAUGGGAAAUUGGCUCACACAGGUGUAUCUACAGCAUCAGCCACAGCUGGAAUGCUGAGCACUGAGAAGAGGAACAACUGUGGCUCUCAGUGUGCAAACACCAUAGUUCACAGCAUGGGAACUACAACACAGAGACAGAAUGGCUUCAGGACCACAGAGAGUAAAUGGGACACACAGAAAAUGUCCACGCAAGAACUGGCCAUUAAUGUUACGAAAGGCAUCAGACAAAGUGACAGAAGAAAAACAAAGAAUUGUGCCAAUUAAUGAAGAAAAUUGCAGGUGAGGAUGGACUCAACAAAGCUUCACUGCACUUUAAAUGCCAGCCACUGAAGACAUGAAGAUCUCAAGGUGUUCCAGGUUGAAUACAGUAGGCAGCUGCUACUGAGUGCCUCCAGAAGCAGGUCUUGUGGGAACCACUGCAGGAUCUUCAGAUGUUGUUUGUCUAAAGCAGUGGCACUACACAGACAUACACAGAAAUUCGUGACAUUUUUUUUUUACUAACUCCUAUGUUAUCCCUUGUAUGUCCUGUUCUGCAUUGCUGUUAAGAUGAGGCUGGAUAGUAAGGGGUACAGCUCGUUGUAAUUAAAAUCAGGAAAUGAACAAAUGAACCUGCAUUUUUAGUCAUAAAGGGGUUUUGAGUGUGCACAUUCAAACCCACAGAGUUCAUUUAAAGCACUCACAUUUUUAAAACACAAACCCAGACAUCUGAAGAAAGUGAGACUAAAGUCUAAUCUUCCACUUUUCAAAAAAUAUUUCGAAAAAAAAAUUCUUUUUCCAGCUAUCUGUAUUGGUUAUGUACAGUUAAGGCAUACAGUAAUGUUUCUAAAUAUUAAAUUUUCAAUUACUUAGAUUUAAUUUAUUGUUAAUGUUGACAUAAUUUCAGUCUUAAAACCAGUAACAUUCCUGUUUGAUCAGCCUUACUUGGAGGUCCUAUUCUUAAUUGGUAAGUAGACUUAUGGCUACUUGGUUGUUUAAUAAAUGCCCCUCUGAUUAUGUUGAAGCCCAGUCUGACUUGGAAAAAAGUUACCAUUAACAUCACAUGAAAAUAACCACAGUUUUUAAAGUCAUAUUCUAAUGUCAGUUCAAAAAAUUAACUUUCUUUGAUAGGAUAUAAUUAAUUCACUGUACAGAAUUUAUUCAAUACAAUGUGAGCAUAGUACUCCAUGAUUAUCAUAAACAUAUAUUUCGAAAAGGAUUAUAAAUGUUCAGUAUAGUAAAGUCUAGGAAUUAAUUCAACAUACUACUUCUUAAUAUGGAAGUAAUAAUAUAUAUUCUCUGUGAUUUUGCAUGUUUAUGAAGAUAAAAGAGGUAAAUUUAUUUGCCUCCCCUAUCAGAUCUACAUACAUAAAUAUAUAUAUACAUACGUAUAUAUAUAUGGAUGGAUGUAUAUUACUAUCCUUAAAGGGCCAUGUAAAAGAGCUACUCAAAACAGGAAAACAAGUAUGAAUAGGAUUGUGAACUGAAACUUUAGUUUAUUCUGGAUUAGGAUCACUUUAAUAGCUUGCUGCUUAGGUGUGCGAGUUGUUUUCCUUGUUGUACAAGUCUCUGCAAUAGGAAUUGUUUAUUAAUUAAUCCAACAAAAAGGCAAACUGGAAUCCAGAGUUAGAGCCAGAAUUUUGCAUACCAUAGUAUAUUCUGAAAGGAUAUACCUGCAGACAGAGUGCAGUAUAAACUUGUAUGAUACAAGAGGGCUACAGAAAGUGAAUAAUGAUCCUGAUGUGUUUAAAGGUAAACAGGAUUUUGAAGGAAGGCAAGAGAGAAGGUUUGUUUUGUGAGAAGCUGUUCCAGAGAUUGUGGCCUUGGGUGGAUACCACAUUAGAGCGGGUAGAUGCAAGAACAAAGGAGUUGGCAGUGAGACUAUUUAUUAGCUGAGAAACUAUUUAGUGAUGAUGUGCUGACCAGAUUGUCAAAUGGCUUGGGGCACACCACAGAAGCAGCCCAUGAGCUGCAUGGCCCAUGAAGCAGCCCUGGCUCAUGCCAGCAGCCAUCACAGAAGCAGCUCUUGAGUCUUGUACUCUGAACAUGAGAUGCUACAGGAUGGUUUGCAGGAGAUGGCCUUGGUCCACAAUUAUCUGGGCAAUAGCACAGACCUGCUCAUGCUGACCACAUUCCCCAUCAGGGUGGCAGCUGCAGAGUGGUGGAUGCUGCCUGCCCUGGACUGCUCAUGAUAACAUUUCUGAACCUGUUUAUAUACUGAAACUCAACUUUAUGACAUUCAAAGAUUGGAUCCAACUUCUGUGGUAAAAGCCAUGUUUACUAACAAGCAAUUUUAUACACACUCCUCAUGUAAUACAUUAUUGUUCUUAUUCAUUAGGCAGUAACUGAAAAGAAAUUACAUUAUGUCCUAGGUGACUUCUUAGUGUUUGAUGUGCAGAGUUCCAAUGACCUUAAUAAAACUAAGAGGAUGUUGUGGAGCUGUGGAUCUUGCCUCUGGACACAGAUUGGGAUAUACUUACGUUUACUUUUGUUCUACUAGAGAUAACCACCAGUAGAAACAAUCAAUUUGUUUAUAAAAUAAUAUACCACUCUGUAUAAUCAGUGUGACAGAAUCUAGUCUAUACCACUUUAGACAAUUAAUUUAAAGUCCUCACAGUGGAUUCCUGUGCUGGUUUUAGUGGAAGAAGCAAGCCAGAAGAAUCAUCUGGACAUUUUCACUCCAGGUGGCCUUCUUAGAAAUGAGGGUGUUUACAGAGUCUGUUCUUUGAGCAUCAUCUUUAAGAUAUAAAUGGCUCAAAGACAUCAAAUAAAAUAACCAUGUUAAAAGACAUUUACUUUCAGAUAAAGGACCUGUGGGCAUCUCUGCCUUAUAUGCCAGGAUUUUUUGAAAUGUAAUUUUCCCCAAGAAGACAUUAUCGCCACAUAAUUUGUUUGAUGUCCCUUGGCUGCACAUGAAGAUUUCUACAGGCACACUGAAACAACACACUUUCUACUGAAAUGAUUUGCCAACAGAUGGUGAGUUCUUAUGAUUCAUCUAACUUCAGGUUUUAAACAGAAAGGAACUUUGUCAUGUUUCCACAAUUCCAAAUCAAUAUAUACAUAGUAUUUUCCUAUAUAUCUUGAUAUAUCUUCUUCCACUAGGUGAGAAAUGGAAUCAUUCAAAAGAAAGAGGAUAUUGUCUAGAGAGAGGAUUUACAGUUCCUGACCCAUCAUGAGGCAAAUAAAUCUCCUCAAAGACUCAGUACUGCUUUAUCUUGCACUAUUCCUUCAUCUUCUCCCUUAUGAUUCCUUAAUGUAUUCCAUCAUUUCAGCAUCACUCUAGGACAUUGACUGGAAGACACACAAUUUUACUGUGUGACUGAAAUGAUUUUGUACUGACAUAAAUACAAAACUAUAAUUAUUGUGUAAGCAAUAUAUGAGUACUGCGUCAAACAUAUAUUCUUGUUAGUUAAAUGACUGAGAUUUCUUAAAAACCAGGACACAGGUAUUUUUGAUCUUCCUGUGUUCGUAUACAUAGAUAUAUAUUUGUGCAUGUCUCUGCAUGUGUAUAUUGUAAUGCCUUUAAUGUGUACUUCUGCAGUUCAGGCACAUUUUUUUGAGAACCUUUAAUUUCUGUUUGUAAUUCUGAUACCCAAGUGUAAAAUAUUUUAAUGUUUGAACUGAAAUCUGUUUUACAUGCCUUAUGAAAAGAAUGAGCUAUAUAAUUUGUGCACAGAAAUGAUAUUUGAAAGAGCAGGCUUAGUUUUAUUUAUAAAUACAUCUAAAUUAAAACUAAACUAAUGGGAACAUUUUUGUACUCUCUGCAAAUUAAUGAAGAUUGACCUUAAAUUUGAAAAUUAAAAUAAAGAAAAAUUUUAAAGUG